GAGUUACAACUUCAUGUGAAGGAAAUCGUCAAUCACAACUGGACUUAUUGUUGUUCAAAAACCCAAAGCCCCGGGAGAGGAGAGGGCUUAUCCCCUUCUUUCAAGAAUUCUGAGAGCGGAGCACAGCAAACGCCCAACCAAAUGUGGUGAUGUUUUCCGCUCUUUCUUCGCCCCUUCAGGCCCCCAUUCUCUUCAAUUUCCCACUUCAUAACUGCGCUAAACCCAAACCAAAAUCUAUUCCCUGUCCUAGAAAUUCCUCAUUCUUUGUCAAAUCAUUCUCACCCCUACACCCGCUUCGAGUUCCGGCUGCGCUUCGAGUUGUCCGGUGUUCUGUUGAUGACAAUAAGGUUGACAACCGACCAAGAAUCAUAUCCAAUGAUUUGAAGCAUUGUAACGACGAACACAAUGCACUUGCCUUUGCCAGGCCGAUUGCUUAUGCAUUGUUCUGUGUUGUUAUUGGGUUUUUCUGUCCGGUUUUUGGGUUUCGGAAGCCUGCUUUGGCUGCGGUUGCUGCCGCCCCUCCUGCAGCCGGGAGCGAAUUAGUUCUAGGUGAAGAGAAUGAGGAAAAGAGUCACGAGUACUCGCGUUAUACACGGAGGUUGUUGGAGGAUGUGUCGAGGCUACUUAGGUUAAUUGAGGAGGGGAAAAAUGCGGGGAAGGAAGACUUUGACACGAACGUUGAGGAAGGGUUGAACCAGGUCAAGAUGACUAAGAGGGCACUGCAAGAAGAGAUAAUGAAUGGUCUUCAUGCGGAGUUGGAGACUUUGAAGCGGGAAAAGGAAGAGCUAAUGGACCGUUCCGAGAAAAUUUUGGAUAAAGUAUCCAAGGCACUGAGGGAAGAAGAGAAUUUGCUGAGGGUUGGAAAAGGCGGUGGUGAUAGGAUUGAGAGGUUGAGGGAUGAGAGGAUGAGUUGGGAGAAAAAGUAUAAUGACAUAUUGGAGAGGAUUUGGGAUAUUGAAGACCUGAUUGAGUGGAAAGAAACCAUGGCAUUUAGCAUUGGUGUGAGAGAGCUUUUGUUUAUUGAGAGGGAAUGUGAGGCUCUGGUUGAGGACUUCUUAAGGGAAAUGAGGAGGCCUAAGAUUCAGAGUGCCUCAGGACCCUCCUUUACCAAGCUCUCUAAAGGUGAGAUUCGGAAAGAACUGCAGGACGCGCAUAGGCAGUUGCAAGAGCAAAUUAUUUUACCCAGUGUUGUGGUCAAUGGGGAUAUGGAAUCUCUCUCUGGCCAAGAUUCAACUGAUUUUGCUCUUCGGAUACAGAAAGUACUUAGAGAUUCAAGAGAGAUGCAAAAGAACCUGGAGUCUCAAAUUAGAAAGACUAUGAAGAAACAUGGUGAGGAAAGACGUUAUAUUGCAAUCACACCACCAGAUGAGGUUGUCAAGGGUUAUCCAGAUAUUGAGCUGAAGUGGAUGUUUGGAAGGAAGGAGGUAGUAAGCGGAAAAGCUGCGAGCCUCCAUUUACUUCAUGGUUGGAAGAAAUGGAGAGAGGAUGUGAAGAUGGACCUUAAGAAAAGUUUUCUAGAAGAUCCUGAACUAGGUAAAAAGUAUGUGGCUGAGAGACAGGAGCGUAUUCUUUGGGAUCGGGAUAGAGUGGCAUCAAGGACUUGGUAUAAUGAACAACAAAAUAGGUGGGAAUUGGAUCCAAUAGCUGUUCCUUAUGCUAUAUCCAAAAAACUUGUGGAGAAUGCUCGAAUAAGGCAUGAUUGGGCUGCCAUGUAUGUCACACUUAAGGGGAACGACGAGGAAUAUUUUGUGGACGUCAAAGAACUUGAGAUGCUGUUUGAAGAUUUUGGGGGGUUUGAUGCAUUGUAUCUGAGAAUGCUUGCUGCUGGGAUUCCCACUUCUGUUCAGAUGAUGUGGAUUCCCUUUUCAGAGUUAGAUUUCAGUCAGCAAUUUCUCCUGCUAGUGAACCUAUGUCGUCAGUGCUUUACUGAAUUGUGGAGGAGUAAUAUUUUUUCGUAUGCAAAAGAAUGGACCCUUGAAAAGAUAGGAAAUAUUAAUGAUGACAUAAUGGUGAUGAUUGUUUUCCCACUUGUGGAGUUUGUUAUACCUUAUCAGGUGAGGAUGCGAUUGGGUAUGGCUUGGCCGGAGUAUGCUGAUGUAUCUGUUGGCUCAACUUGGUAUUUGAAGUGGCAAUCUGAGGCUGAAAUAAAAUUCAAAUCCAGGAAAAGGGAUGGGUUCCGGUGGCAUUUUUUGUUUUUGGUUAGAACUGCCAUAUACGGAUAUGUGCUGUUUCAUGUGUUCCGAUUUUUGAGGAGGAAAGUUCCUAGAGUUCUUGGUUUUGGGCCUUUAAGAAGAAAUCCCAACUUAAGAAAGUUGCGGAGAGUGAAAGCUUAUUUAAGAUAUAGGAAGAAGAAAAUAAAGCGUCGGAAGAAGGAUGGUGUUGAUCCGAUAAGCACUGCUUUUGAGCACAUGAAGAGAAUAAAAAAUCCACCUAUCCGGUUGAAAGAUUUUGCAAGUGUUGAAUCUAUGAGAGAAGAAAUUAAUGAAGUUGUGGCAUUUCUACAAAACCCUAAUGCAUUUCAAGAAAUGGGAGCUCGUGCACCACGGGGUGUUCUCAUUGUUGGUGAGAGAGGAACAGGUAAAACAUCCCUAGCACUAGCUAUAGCAGCAGAAGCAAGGGUUCCUGUGGUUGAGGUCAAAGCCCAACAGCUGGAAGCUGGUCUUUGGGUGGGCCAAAGUGCAUCAAAUGUUAGAGAACUAUUUCAAACAGCACGGGAUCUGGCUCCUGUCAUUAUUUUAGUUGAAGAUUUUGAGCUCUUUGCUGGUGUCCGUGGCAAGUUCAUCCACACCAAAAAGCAGGAUCAUGAGGCUUUCAUCAAUCAACUUCUUGUGGAGCUUGACGGGUUUGAGAAACAAGAUGGGGUGGUUUUGAUGGCUACUACUCGAAGUCUUAAACAAAUUGACGAGGCUUUGCGGCGUCCUGGUAGAAUGGAUAGAAUAUUUCAACUUCAGCAACCAACUCAAGCAGAAAGAGAGAAAAUACUACGUAUUGCUGCAAAAGAAACAAUGGAUGAGGAUCUCAUUGACUUUGUCGAUUGGAGAAAGGUUGCUGAAAAGACGGCCCUUCUUCGUGCUAUAGAAUUGAAAUAUGUCCCCUUGUCUUUGGAAGGUAGUGCCUUCAGAAGAAAGUUUGUUGACACAGAUGAACUUAUGAGCUACUGCAGUUGGUUUGCUACUUUUAGUGCCGUAGUCCCUAAAUGGGUGAGGAAAACCAAAGUUUCAAAGAAAAUAAGCAAGAUGCUGGUCAAUCAUCUAGGCCUAACAUUGACAAAAGAGGAUUUGCAGAACGUAGUUGACCUGAUGGAACCAUAUGGUCAAAUAAGCAAUGGCAUAGAACUGCUGAGUCCGCCUCUUGAUUGGACUAGGGAAACAAAGCUUCCUCAUGCUGUCUGGGCUGCUGGUCGUGGUCUUAUGGCUCUUCUAUUACCAAAUUUUGAUGUUGUUGAUAAUCUAUGGCUUGAAUCUUCAUCUUGGGAGGGAAUUGGAUGCACCAAGAUUACCAAAACCAGGAAUGGAGCUACUGUGAAUGGCAAUGUUGAGACCAGAGCUUAUCUUGAAAAGAAGCUUGUGUUCUGCUUUGGCUCUUACGUUGCCUCUCAGCUUCUGCUUCCAUUUGGAGAAGAAAAUAUUCUUUCUUCCUCAGAGUUGAAGGAAGCACAGGAGAUAGCUACUAGGAUGGUUGUUCAGUAUGGGUGGGGUCCUGAUGAUAGUCCAACAAUUUAUCACCAUGGAAAUGCGGUGACAGCUUUGAGUAUGGGGGACAACUUUGAGUAUGAGAUGGCUGCUAAAGUAGAAAGAAUUUAUAACUUGGCAUAUGAUAAGGCAAGAAUGCUGCUUCAGAAAAACUAUCUAGCCCUGGAGAGAAUUGUCGAGGAACUGCUUGAGUAUGAAAUUUUGACAGGAAAGGAUUUAGAAAGAAUUGUCGCAGAGAAUGGUGGGAUUCGUGAGAAGGAGCCAUUUUUCCUUUCAAGUGCCGGUUAUGAUGAGCACCCUUUUGAAAGCCCACUGGCGAUAAAUUAGGACUCAGAAGUUCAAAAGUUCUGUGCAUUAUUUAUUCUCCAACAUGCUUGGAUUGUUCAGUUUUCAAGGUGGCAAGUUUUCGAUGGUGCCAGUGAAAACACUGGGAAAGGAGAUUUUGUCAUGUUGAGAAGAGGUUCUGAAAUUUUCCUUCUCAACUUUCAAUAAGGUGUGUUGUAAUGUCCGUGCAUAUUUUGGGUCAUGGACUAAGUGAUGUUUCACAAUCUUUUGACACUUGUGAAGCUAAAUCUACCGCGUAACAAAUAGUAUGAUGAUUUCAUCUUCUAUUAAAAUGUAUUUCAACUACUUUGUAGAGAUUGUAUUGCAUUUCUCAAGAUUGGCAACUUUUGAAAUUGUAUCAAAUAAGGAAUACUGAAAACCUGGAUCCAUUUGCCCCCAAUAAGCAACUUGAAGGAAAAUAUAGCCCUUGUCCAAAGCAAAAAUCUUAUCUA